UUCAUAGUUCAGCACAAAAAAGGAAACCAACACUUCCUCUUCCACUCUUGCCCCCAUGGAAACAAAAAUUGAUGAUAGCUUAUGGGUUUUGGCAAUCUUCUCCAAAUGCCAAGCCUUAACCUCCACAACCACCGUCGUUGCAUUCAUCUGCACGGCCGCAGCUUGGCUAAGCGCGGCCGUCUUCUACUGGGCAUCUUCUCCCGGAGGCGCAGCAUGGGGAAAACUUCGAUGGAGGAAAAGAAACUCUUGUAAUAAAAAUGAAAUCACCAACUCCAACCCAAUUCCCGGGCCACGUGGAUUUCCAAUAAUAGGAAGCAUGAACCUCAUGACAAACCUAGCUCACCACAAACUCACAAAAGCGGCGGAGGUUUAUGGAGCAAAGAGGCUUAUGGCUUUUAGCAUAGGCGAGACGCGCGCCAUCGUCACAUGCGACCCCAACGUAGCUAAGGAGAUCCUCAACAGCUCCGUCUUUGCCAACCGUCCUAUAAAAGAGUCGGCUUACUGUCUCAUGUUCAACCGAGCAAUCGGGUUCGCUCCUUAUGGAAGCUACUGGCGUACCCUCCGCCGCAUCGCCGCCAACCAUCUCUUCUGCCCGAAGCAAAUCUCCACUUCCGAGUAUCUCCGUUCCAGGAUUGCUGAUCAAAUGGUGUCCCUUAUCUCGACAAGUUGUAACAACAGCUUCCUUGUCCGCGACGUACUUAGGAAGGCUUCGUUGAACAGCAUGAUGUGCUCGGUUUUUGGACGUAAAUACGAGCUGAGUUCGUCAAAUGAAGAGACCGAGGAACUGAGUCGACUUGUUGAUGAAGGUUAUGAUCUGUUGGGAAAUUUGAACUGGUCUGAUCACCUUCCUUGGCUUGCCGGUCUGGACCUCCAGAGCAUCCGGUUUAGAUGCAACAAACUCGUUCCUCAAGUGAACCGGCUCGUCAGCCGAAUUAUUCAAGAGCAUAGAGCCCAAACCGGUCCGAAUAACAAUGAUUUUGUCGACGUUCUUCUUUCUCUUGAUGGAGCUGAUAAGCUGUGUGACAAUGAUAUGAUUUCAGUACUUUGGGAGAUGAUAUUCCGAGGAACAGAUACUGUAGCGGUUCUGAUAGAGUGGAUCCUUGCAAGGAUGGUGAUGCAUCAUGAUAUCCAAUCAAAGGUUCACGAGGAGCUCGACCGCGUCGUGGGAAAAUCAAGGGCGUUGCUGGAAUCCGACAUUCAAUCCUUGCCUUACCUGCAAGCAGUGGUCAAAGAAGUGCUCAGAAUGCAUCCUCCGGGCCCACUCCUAUCAUGGGCCCGUUUAUCCAUCACAGAUACUGUAGUAGAUGGCUAUUACGUGCCAGCAGGGACCACAGCAAUGGUGAAUAUGUGGGCCAUAACAAGGGAUCCAAAAGUGUGGUCGGAUCCACAGGAGUUUCGGCCUGAGAGAUUUGUAUCUACUAACAAGAAAGCUGACUUGCAGUUCUCUGUGUUCGGGUCUGACUUGAGGCUGGCACCGUUUGGGUCGGGCAGGAGGAGCUGCCCCGGGAAGACAUUGGGGAUGAGUACAGUCAACUACUGGGUCGGGUUGUUGUUACAUGAGUUUGAGUGGUUUAAGUCGGAUCUUGAUGCCCAGGUAGACCUGUCCGAAGUGAUGAGGCUUUCAUGCCAAAUGGCUAACCCUCUUACCAUCCAAGUGCAUCGUAGGCGCUACCAAACAAAUUAAAGCAUAUGCCCGUUACUUCCCGCCCCAAAAAACCCUAUGUCCGAGUGUUCAUUUGUUUGUCCUUGGCCUAUCACCAAAGACAAGAAUUUAGUAAGAUAUAUAUGCUACGAAGCUAUUUGUAAGAUGUAGACCCUCUAAGUAAUGUCUCGUUAAGUGUAUCGGACUGUACUCACAAACUUCGGUCGUAAAUUAUCCGUAAGCGUGUUGGACUAUGUGAUCUUUACAAUGAAGCAUAUGCUGUUAUAAUGGACUAAAACUUAUUAA